AUGAUGAAGUCAACCACUUCAUCGAAGAAGGACAACUUUGGUAGUUCUGCAUCUGCAGCAAAUGGGAACUUUUCUUCUUCAAGGAAACCGAACUUGUUAGCACCGGGUACUAGCAGUCGAAAGACACGAGUACGGUUGAUCUUAAGGCUACAACUGAGCUUUUGUUAUUCAGAUGUCCUCACUGUAUUGAGGGGACAUUCUUUCAUAUGAUUCUCAAUUUAAUAUAGUGAAGGAGGACCUAGAAGUCAAAUUUCCAUAUUUUCAAACCUCAAAAAAACCCUAAACUCCUGUUCCUAUCCUCCUUCUAUUCUAAUGCCUGGCGGUCCAAAACCUGUCGAAACUAAAGCGUGGAGACCAGAAAUUCCAGCAAGAGAGGGCAUGCGUGGCGUGGUUGGUGGAGUUGUAGGCGGCGACAUUGAUUGGCAACAGGUAAAUGGCGUCAAACACGAUACUCGUGUUAGCAAACUUUAUGACGAUGACCGCACUAGCAGGGGAGGAAAGAACCGAUCCUCAAAGAUAGAAGUGACGAGUUCCUCAGCGUCAGCGGGUGGAGCAGGAGGGGGACGAGGGGUAUUUCACCACCCAGGAGAACGGGGUGACGGAGAUGAUUUCGUCUUAGAAGAAAGAGGUGGAAACCAGAACCAUCAGCAAACGAGGGAGAAAAAUGCCACUACAAAUAACGUGCGCCGAACCUUAGUUUUCUCUCCGCUUUCACCUUGUGAACCUCCUCCUCCUCACAUCGUUGGAUCAAACAGUGUCACCGGGUUAUUGCCUAUACCGCAUCAUCAAGGAGGAGGUAGAAGCUCGAAGUCCUCACUCCUCGCUUCAAGUCGGACCUCGCGGGACGAGGUUGACGAGGAAGACGUUGUUGAGCAAGUACGUGCAGGCGCUAUGUUGAGAAACAGUAAGCGGUCGACCACAUCAAUCUCAAUGGCUCAACAGACGGGGAAGGGUUUUAGUGCUGCAGGAAGAGAAACUGAGGUAGCUGUCGUCGCACCUUCCGUCUCUAAUGCUAGGGGUUCGACUACAUCAAGGCUUUCUACGUCCGACUAUCUCAUGAUUGCACCUAUGGUUGAGGCUAAAGGCACUACAGCACUAGCGAGUACAACUAGUUCUUCCAAAAUUUAUCAAGAUGGAGUACAUCAACUACAAGAGGAGGAGUCGGCUGGAGAAGAAGAGCAAGAAUCUACAUCUUCAGAGGACGACGCAACAGCUAAUCUCCACCAACCCAUUGGAUCAUCAAGAAACGGUCGUUUUGCACCACGUCCUCCAGCGAGAAAGGCUAGGCCCGCAGCACGAAGCAUGGCCGCUAUGGCUCAACACUCAGGAGGUAGUGGAACAAGUCGAAGAAGCGGCGCAACGACAAGGAAAGACCUCUUCUCCGCUCCUCUAGCAUCGUCUUCUUCAUCCCGUCAACAUCAAAUGCAGAGAAAGCUACAGGCAGAUGACGAUGGACACGUUCAUGAUCAUGGAGGGAAGAGGUCUUCGCGUUUACGGCAGCCUUCUGAUAGUGCAGAGCAGUUGCGUCGAGAGACUAGAAAUCGAACGACGCUGGUUGCUUGUAAGCCUGCAGGAGGUCCUCGUGUGGGAGGAGCUGGGACGUUUGUUAAGGCUUCCCCGAGUCGUCCAUCUUCGGAAGCAUCUUGGAGACGUUUUCACCUGAAAACGGAUCCAGGAUGAUCCUUAGGAUGGAUUAGGGUGAGCUCUAAGCUUGGUGUAAUGGGUCCUCCACCGAGCAAACCGGUUGGUGGAGUAGCACGAACUACACGAUCACCACCAAAUCCUUCUUGUACUAGUCAUACAACUAGUAAAGGGACCACGAGAGCGAGAGGCGCAGGUGCUUCUGCGGGGAGAGGAGCUUCAUCUGGAGGUGGGACGAUCAAGGGUCCUACUAGCAGCUCUUCUUCGAGAACACAAGUUGUGACAAAGUCGAGUAACCUUCAGGCAAAUCCACAUUCAGCAGCUGCGCCUUUUGGGUUUCAGCCGCCUGUACGAGGUGUAGUGCCGUCUCCACGUAGUGUUGGAAUCAGGAAGGAACGCGCGGCUAGGAAAGGUAUAAUAACGUUGAGAAUUUGAUCCCGAUCGAUCUCAGUUCUGUUUGUGAAUGUUCUUAUAAAAAUAUCCGUCCAGCAACAGCAUUAAAAAUACUACUUUUAGACAUAAUAAUAUCAUCAGCUUUGGCCUUGACCUCAAGCUCAACCCGCCUCUAUUUCGCACAUCGAUCAGGUCCGACGCCGACAACAAAUGCUGUUUCCGCUGCACCAACUGCCACACCCCGUCAACCGCCGCCCUCUUCUACUACCGCUUCGCGACUUCAACAGCCCACUGCAAGUCGCCGGAUGAAAAUGGUCACUUCUUCUACAGGUCUUGUGGCGGAGACAAACAGUGCAAGCACUACUAGCCUAGGCGGGAUAAUAAAGGCGGUUUCAAAGUCAGGCUCUACGAGUAGAUUGCAGGCAAGAAAAACCAGUCAUUUCCAAGACGCGAAUGUCAAAAACAUAUCGGAGGCUAAUCGAAGGAGACACUCAUUCUCAUCUCCUGGCCGACAAGAGGGUAGCAGUAAGUUACGGCUUGAAUGUUGCAUCUACUAUGCAAAUCUGUUUUUCGUGGAGUUUUUAGGCCUCAUUAUUCGUAACCUGCGGACGCUAAAUUUAAAAACAGUUUUAUCGCACUUGAUCUUCCUCUCUUCACAAACACCAUUACAUCAACUUCCUAUGUAGGUGUACUCCUACUAGGUAGAAGAAGUUCUUCGUUGUAAUUCCUCGUCAUGUUCUUGAGCUCUCCUUCCAUUGUUUCUCAUCAUCCGACACGACUAUCUUCCCUCACGAUCCACCAAUAGCUGCUCUAAGAUGAACAAACGACUCCUUAAAUAGCGUGGCCGGUGGUCGCAGACAUCUGCGUGGUGGGGAUUUGACUUCUGAGGAAAACUCCUCUCCUGGCACAGUCUAUGGUGGCCCAGAAAGCGGCUCUGACGCUGAUGAUAGACGUUUAUCGGCAUCGGAACAGAUGGCGGAAGAGAGUCAGAAUUUUCUUGAACAGGAUGCUCAGGGUGCUACAUUUUUAUGAGACGUGGUCUUGGUAGGUAACAUCAAGUUACACCAAUUUUUUCCUAAUUAUAAAGGUACAAGCAAGAUGCGUUCAGCUUCAACAUCGCUAAAAGUUGGACAGCACGCAAGAGGCACGACAAACAGCUUCUAAUCUACAAUAAUGGAGUAAAAACAGUAGAUGUGGUGGAUGCACAUCUCACGCCGAAUUGCAGUCCCAUACUAGCAGAGCGAUCUUUUGGUGCCCCUGAUACAUCGAGUGUGGCAGUCAUAAACAACAUGGAAAAAAAUCUUGAGAACAAUUUAGCCGAUGCUGUUGAUGGUAGUACUACUGGCAUUACUGGAGCAGAAGAUGAAGAUAGUCGUAGCAGGGAACUACAACUUAGCAACAACGAAGACCCUUCUACAUUGCUCCAACAACAAGGAAUGGAUGAUUAAGGCUACUUAGAAAAAAUUCAUCUUCACAGGCAUCCUGAGACCGUUUCCAAGGGAAAAAGGUCCUCGGAUGCGUCUCACGAUGGAUUUUUCUUAGUUCUAAGAUGAAGAGAGCAGUCAACAUCUUACAGCUAGUCGUGCAGAACAAGACGUCAGCGACCUUAUGCCUGCUGCGACAGUUACUACAGAACCUCUCUUCAUGCCUCGUUCGGGAAGUAGUGCGAGUUUAGCAGUUUCAGUAGGGGAUGAAGUACGGGGAAGUGCCCGUAUCUCCAGAGAAGCGGCCAUGAUCUCGUUCCGACAGGAAUCUGCACGACGAAGCGUGACGAUGGGCCGCGUUACUGAUGACGAACUGUCGGAAGAUGGGAUAUCAUGACAAAUUUGAGUAGAACAAAUGUCCUCGUGCAGACAACGAACUCGACGGUUGUCCUCGUAAUAUUUUGCUCCCACAGGAGGAUCGAUGUUCACGUUGCUGAUGGAAGUCAGAGUUUGCCUUUAUUACCGCUGGAUGCAGCCAACGGGGAUGUUUUGACCACAUACAUAUAACGGGUGAUCAUGACAUGACUUCUGUAACUAAAAAUGAGUAUCAAUCGGCUAAGAUAAACAUGCAACAUAAAGAUUGGGCAUAGUCAAAAGUGAAGUAUUGAUCUUGAGGGGUUUUUUGAAUACUUGAUAGACACACGACGAUAAGGAAACACGGUCAUGAAUGUCGCAAGAUGAAGUAACAAAAUGUGCAUUCUCUACAGGUUUCAUAUUCAGCGCGAGGCUUCCGCUUCUUUUCUGAUAUUUUGCAUUUUUGAUGUCGGGAAAUACGAGUAAAAGAGACAGAGGACAGGACGCUAAAUAGAAACAUCUUGGCUAUUGUGUGUCUACUUAAACAAAGCAAUGCUGCAUGUGCAUAUGUUUCGUAUCCGAAAUAAUAAAUGAACAACCAUGAUGAGUACUUGUAGAAGGAUUUUUCGCAUGAUAGAUUAUCACUCGCCUACGCUUUCUCGAACAAACGCCAACUACGCCCAAGCUACCAUCAACAUGAAGAUUACUGAACGUCAAACAUACACACCCGCGCUCGCUUGUCCUAACGUCGUUAAGUAGUGGACUUCCUUUCCUUUAUUGCACCUUCUAGAACGAAACAGGAGAAAGAUUAUUGGCGGCUUCAGCAUAGCUUUAUUUUGGUCUUCUCCGGAUGCCCUACCACUUUAUUGGACUUUCGGCA